AUGAGCAGUGGUAGUGGUGGUAGUAGCAGUACUAGCAGUGGUACUACGGAGGUGCUGUCGUACGAGGAGAUUGCAGAGUGUAUCAGCAGUGGCAGCAAGCCCCGGAACAUCGUUGCCGUACCAAACGUUGUGUUGGACGCAACACUAGCUAGUAAGAGUGCACUACCGCGGAGACCGAAACCCUGGGAGCACAAGCAGGUACAAGAAUGA